CACAGAUAAAUGUUGAUAACGAAUCUUGAUUUGUCAUCCGCGGAGUAAGUGCUUUUUCGAGAGCACCCGGAGUCAUUCAGUAGUUCGAGCAUUCCAAUGCUGUGCCAAGAAGUGAAUGAGUGCAGUUGGAAAAAAUUGUGAUUAUCCACGUCGCGAAUAACGAAUUGAUGGAGUGAUUUUUCGUGGAUAGAAGAGGCUCGUUAAAUUAUAAAAAAAAAAGAGUGUUUUAUAGGAGUGGAAAGGAGAAAGCUGGUGUUGAGGGAUUUUUCAAGUUCGUCAUCGAGGAAAUAGCGAAAUUUUUGGUUGAAAAAAAAUCGAAAAUCGGUUUCGCUUGUUCGCUGGUGGAGUUCCAUCGGUUUUUCAGGGAUCGUCGCUGGGAAAAUGACCAUCGGAUUGUCUCACCUGUGCCUCCUCGGCGUGCUCUCCUCAGCGAGACUCACCCUCCAGGCAUCCGCGUCAACGACCGCUUACUACGUCGGUGCAACGGUCGAGUAUCAUCCGGUGACUUCUGGUGAUAAUUUAACAGCCAUUGCUAAUGAGAAUGUCAAAAAUUACAUGAAAUUUUUGAAAACAGCCAGUGAAAAUGACGUUGACAUCAUCGUCUUCCCAGAGAACUCCCUCACAGCGGGUAAAACGUACCCCCUCGAGGAACGCUCAAAAUUACUACCCCAUAGUUCAUACAUUCCAAGCCCGAAGGACGGAAAAGUCCCCUGUCACGACCAGUCAACCCCCGUGAUGGAGUGCCUGAAGGCCAUAUCGUGCGCAGCAAAUCGCUUCAACAUGUACAUAGCUGUCAACAUAAGGGAGAAGGAACAGUGUACGGGUGAACGAUGCUCCAAGGACGGUCACAAUCUUUAUAACACAAAUGUCGUGUUCGAUCGUUCCGGUGCUGUCGUCGCCAGAUACAGAAAGUACAAUUUGUUCGGAGAAGAGGCCAUGAACAAAACAUCAAAACCCGAGCUGUCAACAUUUAAGACAGAUUUUGACGUGACAUUUGGACAAUUUAUCUGCUUUGAUAUACUCUACGAGGCACCUGCCCUUCGUCUUGUGAGGGAGCGCAAGGUUCGCGACAUUCUAUUCUCCACUCACUGGUUCUCGGAGCUGCCCUUCCUCACGGCUAAUCAGGUGCAGUCGGCCUGGUCCUGGAUGAACGACGUGAACCUACUGGCCUCGGGGUACAACAAUCCCGCGACCGGAAGUGGCGGAAGUGGCAUUUACGCCGGUAAAAACGGAGUUCUCAAGCGCGUCUGGUCUGAAAAAGCCACGAAUGCGAUUCUCAUCUCGCAGAUACCGAAGGUCAUCGAUGGCAAUCGAAGCACUUUGAAUCCCACGGGUAGCAUUAUUUACCCACCCGAUAGUGUGAUACCCACUGUUAAUGGUAGUGAAGCUGCCCGAGAGCAGAAACUACUCAGUGAUUAUGUUCUGCCUUAUACGACUAAGAUGUUUGUACCUCUUAAUGGAACCUCCAAUGCUACCGUUUGCGAUCGAGGAUUGUGCUGUCAAUUCAUUGUCGAUUCUACUCAUAAUGACGACCUUAUUAAGGAGGCAAAUGUUAGAUAUUACAGAUACCGUUUUGCCGUUUUCAACGGCAUCCGUUCAUUCUCUGGCAAAGGCACCGGAGGAAUAGAGAUCUGUGGUUUAAUCGCCUGUACCACCGAUGACGUAAAGACCUGCGCCACUCGUUUCGACACCAACGGCAUCGUCGUCCACCCCACGACCUUCAACUCCCUCAAGAUAUCCGGUAAUUUCACAACAAUGGCGAACAACAUCUACCUCCCCAUAAACAUGAACCACGAGCUCCAACCCCUGAACGUCACCGACUUCACCUUCAGCAUGAAGGUCCUCAACAAGACCCACACGGCAAUGAAGUACAAGUUGACUAAACCGAGGAAUGAUCUGAUGACGUUCGCUAUUUACGGACGAAACUUCACCGCCGAUGGACAACCCCAGACGAUGGGCUCCUCUGGUGAACGGGCGAGCUCACUUUGCAGCAUGCUGAUCGUCCUCAUUGCCAUUGGUUUAGGCAGCCCAAGCGUCAUCCUGUCGGGCUCAGUGUGAAGAGAGAAUAGAAAGAUAAAUUAAUGCAAUUUUAAGAAUUUAUAGAGACCCUGCGGUAAUCCCCGAACACGUGAUAUGUGGAAUUGCCUCGGCCGUUUACCCGAAUGAACACACGGCACAUCACCGUAUAUAUAUGAACGUUUAUACGUUUUCGAGUUAUAAAGCUUGUUGAGAAUAACGGGUAGCUGAUGGGGGAGAAAUGGUAGGAGAGGACUAAUUAACAAUUUCAUGAAUACAAAACGCAUGAAAAAAAAUCACAGGAAGAUACAAUUUUACUGGAGAUAAUUUUAUGAUUUUUUGUUAUUUACUUCGAUAUUUUUCACGUCCACGAAACUUCUAAAAAAGUCCAAUGACAUGAGUGAGAAUUAAGUGGUUUAUUUAAUAAUUACUGGACUGAAUUUUGAAAAAAAUAGCAGAUGAAUACCUCCAUUCAGAAGCAGACUUCUCAAACUUUCAUUCACUUUCUAGAGAAUAUUCACAGAUUUUUAUUCUAAACAAAUGCAAAAGUUGGUGGUUAUCCUGUCCUACCACUUCACAAGAAAAUGAUUCAUUUUUCGGUGGCUCAUUGACACUAACAAUUAAAUAACCAACUGCUUUUCUCUUUAUCGUAGAUUGAAAAAAAUCACGUUACUCUUCAUUAUUACACAUUAAAGGUGCCAAAAGUGGACUAGAGUUGGUAAUUACAGCUUCGUUAUAGAUUUUUUAGCCCCUCUCCCUCCCCCGGGGGCUAAAAAAAAUUAUUUCAAAGUUUAAAAAACAAUUGACGUUCAAUUAGUAAGUAAAACUACUUCUCAUUUCCCUUUGUUGAAUCAAAUGUAUGACGACUGUUCAAAGAACUAUUCUAAACGUCGAAUGGAAUCAUUUUAAUGAGAUUAUAAUAUGUUUAAGCUUUGAAACUAAUGCGAGAAAGUAAAAGUGCAUUUUCGUAGUUUGUUAACGUCACAAUUCGUCGCCUAUUGUCCCGAUCUAAUAGCUCACGAGAUGUUAAAGUAUUUUCCAUGAGAAACUAGUUCCUCACUUGUGCCGCUUAAUAAUGAAACAAAAAUAAUCUAGUUAUAUGGAAUAAAGAUAUGAAAAAAAAUCCGUGAAAAAUCCAAAAACCAAAAAUAAUAGAUCAAAAUUAUUUUAGUCUCCAUGAAGUAAUUUAACUCAUUGUUAUAAGGAUUACAAAAUAAUUACGAAUCAUCAAAAAUAAUCAUCAGGGCAUAAUUGUUGUAUUUUCAUUGAUUUUAAUUGAUCAAACCAAAAUGAAAAACCAGUGUUUAAAUAAAUGAAAUAAAUUUAACAACGAAAGUCGAUGAUUAUUCGUUAUGUGUACAUAGAUUAUAGAAUUUACCUUAUGUAAAACUGUUACAUAGAUGAGUUUCAAUAAAAGAUUUAUCUCGACAA